UCAAAUGGCAAUUGGAUAAAAAUGUAGCAAUGUUUACUUAAAGCGACAAUGAAAAGCACAAAAUGAAUGCAAAGUGAAUGAAAAUGAAUGAAAUGUGGCUGACCCCACCUCAUUAUACACACACACACAAAGAGAAAGGGAGGGAGAUAGUUGGAACUGCCAUGCAAAUUAUUUGUCAGGCUGCUGGCUCAAGUCAGUUGACUUAACAAGCUCCAGCUGAGCAGAACGUGCGCGCGUGUAAUGCAAAUGGAUAUAGUUAUGGAUAUGGAUAUGGAUGUGGAGAAGGAUACCGAGCUGGCUGCGGCGCCAUUGAGCAGCGGCUGGUGCGAUCCGCUGCGGCGUCGUCUGCGUCGCUGGUUAACCGCCAAGCAAGUGUUCGAGUGCCUGCGUCCUUUAUUCUUCGUCACCUAUUUGCAUGGACUCACUUCCUUUUACAUCAGUCACUGCGCCACCUCUGGGCAGCGCGAGAUUAAAAAGUCCUGGUUCGGCUAUGCCAAUGGACUCAUCCAUGUCGGUCUGUAUAGCGUCUGCUAUGUUCUAACCAUUUGCAAUGACUGCGAAUCGGUUGCCAGUUAUUUCUUUCGCUCGCGCAUUAGUUACUUUGGUGAUAUGAUGCAGAUUGUCAGCGGCUUUAUUGGCGUCACUGUCAUUUAUCUGGCUGCCAUUAUUCCUAAGCACCGCUUGGAGCAGUGUCUGCAAAAGUUCCACACCAUGGAUCUGCAGCUGCAUAGCGUUGGAGUCAAGAUCAUGUACAGCAAAGUGCUGAGCUUCAGCUAUGCCGUCAUGCUCUCCAUGUUCCUGGUCAACCUUGCCUUCUCCUGGGGCACCUUUGCCGUCCUGUACUCCUCCAAUGUGUCGCCCACUCUGGCGCUGCAAUUCACUUUCAUGGUGCAGCAUACGGUGAUUGCGAUUUCAAUUGCUCUAUUCUCCUGCUUUACGUAUCUCGUGGAAAUGCGUUUCAUCAUGGUCAAUAAGGUGCUUAAGAACUUGGCACAUCAGUGGGACACACGCAGCUUGAAGGCGGUGCAAAAGCAGCGUUCCUUACAAUGUCUAGACUCGUUCUCCAUGUACACCAUUGUGACCAAAGAUCCGGCUGAAAUUAUACAGGAAUCCAUGGAAAUACAUCAACUCAUAUGCGAAGCAGCUGCUACGGCAAAUAAAUAUUUCACUUAUCAGCUGCUCACCAUUAUCUCCAUAGCCUUUCUCAUCAUUGUCUUUGAUGCUUACUAUGUGCUGGAGACGCUGCUGGGCAAAUCGAAGCGUGAAAGCAAAUUCAAAACUGUGGAAUUCGUUACGUUCUUCUCCUGCCAGAUGAUUCUAUAUUUGAUUGCUAUUAUAUCCAUUGUUGAGGGCAGCAAUCGCGCCAUAAAGAAAAGCGAGAAAACGGGCGGCAUUGUGCACUCGCUGCUGAAUAAAACGAAGAGCGCAGAGGUGAAGGAAAAGCUGCAGCAGUUUUCCAUGCAGCUGAUGCACUUGAAAAUUAAUUUUACAGCUGCUGGACUAUUCAACAUUGAUCGCACGCUCUACUUUACAAUUAGCGGCGCUUUAACCACUUAUCUUAUUAUACUGCUGCAGUUUACAACAAAUUCGCCAAGUGGCGUGGAAAAUUCCAGCGAUUGCUGUGGCUCGCUGCAAAAUUUGACGAACCACACCAACUAGAAUUGGCAAGAAUUAAUUAACAUCCCACUGUGUGCAGCACAACAAAA